AUGUCAUGUCCAAGUGGUGGAUAUGUACUAAGUGAAAAUACUUGUUACUUAGGAAAUGAACUUGCAGUUUCAUGUAAACAAAAAACAUUAAGUAAAUUAGGAUGUGCUGUUUGUAACGAUGGGUAUUACAAAAAAGGUUCUUUAUGUUUUAGUUGUCCAAAUUCAAUGAAAACAUGUCUUGGACCAAACCAAGCAAUUAGUUGUAAAAAAGAUUAUUUCUUAUACAAAAUGCAAUGUGAAGCUUAUGAAGAUCUUGAGCAUUGCAAUACAACAUAUGAAUAUGGUUGUCGUACAUGUAUUGAUGGAUAUUAUUUGUUUGAUUAUCAUUGUAUGAAAUGCAGCGAUAAUUGUCAUCAAUGUAGAGGAGAAGAAUGUAGUAUAUGUGACAAUGAUUAUAUUAAUAGUGAAGGUGUAUGUAAAUAUUAUAAAAUAAUAGAACAUUGUAAAGCAGCUAAUGGAAUUGAAUGUACUAAAUGUGCAAGCAAUUAUAUAGUACAAAAUGGAGAUUGUAAAAAGAAAUCAUAUUGGUAUAUAUAUAUGAUUAUUGGAAUAUGUAUUCUUUUUAUUAUAUUAAUUUUUGUAGUUAUUAUAGCGUAUUAUUAUUUUAAGAAAAGUAUGAAGAUUAAACAAAAUGAUAUUAUGAAAAUUAAAGAUUUAAAAGAAAGAGACAUUGAGUUGGUUUAUGCUUGUGACUUUUUAAUAACAGACCAUCCUAGGUUUGAAUUUUUUGAUGAAAACCAAUUAAUUGUUGGAGAAACAAGAGAAUUUAAUCAAAUUAUUGGUAAUGUAGGAAAAGAAAGAAUUAAAUUACAACCAACUGUAUUUCUAAAUGAAAAAAUAGAAUUAACUGUAGAACCAAAGUUAGUCAUUUUAAGUAAAGGUAAAUGUGUUACUUUUCAUUAUACAAUUAAACCACUUUGUUCUACCCAUAUCACUGAUUCUGUUGUUAUUAAUAUUCUUCAUUUUAAUGAUAAUAGAGAAGAGUCUUUGAAAGUUGAUAUUGAAGGAAUGACUAAUAUUACUAAUAUACUUGACUUUGAUGAACUAGAAAUAAAAAAGAAAGUUGGUGAAGGUUCUUUUGGUAUUGUCUAUAAAGGAUUUUUCAGAGGGGAGAGUGUUGCUAUUAAAACACUAAAGUCUGAUUCUAUGUUAGAUGAUCAAUUAGAUGAAUUUAAAAAAGAAGUAUCAAUGUUAGAUAAAUUUAGAAGUGAGUAUAUAGUUCAUUUCUAUGGAGCAGUAUUUAUUCCUAAUAAAAUAUGUAUGGUAACUGAAUAUGCUAAGUAUGGCUCUUUAUUUCAUCUUAUAUUUAAACAAGGAAUGAAAAAACUACCUAAAGAGGCUGUUAGAAUCAAAAUUUGUAUGGACGCUGCAAGAGGAAUUGAAUACCUUCAUCAAAAUGGGAUAUUACAUAGAGAUAUUAAACCAGAUAAUCUUCUUAUAUUCUCGUUAGAUAAAAAUGUUCCUGUAUUUGCUAAAAUAACAGAUUUUGGGUCAUCAAGAAAUAUCAAUUCAAUGAUGACUAAUAUGACUUUUACUAAAGGUAUUGGCACACCAGUUUAUAUGGCCCCUGAAGUACUUGACCAAAGUAGAUAUAAAACAGCUGCAGAUGUGUUUUCAUUAUCUGUAACAAUGUUUGAAACAAUGAAAUGGGGACCUGCCUAUCCAAAAGAACAAUUUAAAUAUCCAUGGCAAAUUGCACAAUUUGUUUGUGAUAAAAAACGUCCUACUAAACCAGAUGAUAUGAGACAAGAAAUUUAUGAUAUUAUUUCCAAUGGAUGGUUAGAUGAUAGUCGACAUAGAUCAAGUAUAGAAACCAUUGUCCAACAAUUGGGAAAGUACAAUACAGUUUAUCAAUAA